AUGGCAAUUCCUCAAGCACUGACGUUCGACUCUGUGUACGGGCACUCAUGGGAGCUUCCGGGAGGAGUGGUCUCUCUUACCACUGAGAGCCGAGAUGCAGUCUGCUAUGCGGCCGGACAUACCGCAGUCAUCUACGAAAAGGCGACUGGGCAACAAAUCCCGCUCCAAGGCCACCGUCACGCGCUCCGCAGCCUGGCCGUCAGCCCCGACAAGCUGACGCUUGCCACUGCUGACGUCGGCGACACGUCACUGCUUGUGCUCUGGGAUGCGCUCACCGGCAAGCCUCUCUGGACAGCGUCGCAGGAGCGAACCGGGGGCAUCGUGGCUAUGGACUUUUCUGCGGACGCCCGAUUUCUGGCUACCCUCUCAAACACCGGAGAGAGAGGAAAUCUCUCACACUGUCCCCUGCCACGUGUCCUCCAAGCAGCCGCUGACGUCAGCCAGGAGGUCAGCAUCUGGGACCUGCAGUCCCCCGAGGAGGGCCCCAUUCUCAUCACCCCCGUGGCCGACGGGUCGCUGCUGACGAGCCUCCGCUUCAACCCCGAGAGUCACCGGGAGCUCGUCAGCACGGGGGCUGACCGGGUCCUGUUUUGGCAGCGCGUGGUGCACGAGGACACCUCGGAGAGCCUGCAACCCGUCCGGCCUCUAGGCAGCAUCGGGGCCCUGAAACCGAGUUCGGUUAGCUUAACCGUGUCCGUCUUCGUACCUGGCACAACAACCGUGGUGACCGGCACCUCCGACGGCGGCCUGCUCGUAUGGGAAGAAGAGCGGACCGAAGCCGCCCGCGACUCGCCCCUCAUCGAGCGCCGCGCCGUAAAGAACCUGCGUAUUCACACCGCGGCCAUCACCGCGCUCGCGGCCGCGGGCGCGCACGUCGUGAGCGGGGGCGCCGACGGCUACGUGCGCUUCUUCGACGCGCGGCUGCGGCUCGUCGCGUGGUUCGAGGACAUGGACGCGGGCGGGAUCACAUCGCUCUCCUUCGCGACCGCCGGUUCCGUUCCGCUGAGCGACGCUGCCUUUUACGCUCCGGACUUUGUAGUCGGCACGACGAACGCCAAGAUCGUCUCCAUGGAAACAGCGUCCUUCGACGACGAUCCCAAGUCCUCGCGACGAGCGGGCCAGAUGAUAUUGGCCGGCAACAGCCAGGCGGUGGCGGCCAUAAGCGCGCACCCCGGCCAGCCGCACGUGACGCUCAUAGGCGAUGCGGGCCUGCAACAGGUGUACGAUUACGCCCCGCAAACGCUGCUACUCGAGAAGAAGCACGCCGGACAGCAGGGUUGCGCGAUCUGCUACUCUCCAAACGGGACUCUUAUUGCGGUGGGCUUCGGAAACGGCGCGAUCCAAAUUCAAAACAGCGCGACCCUCGACGAGCUGUUCACGUUCCGCACCACCCUUUCCGCCUUGACCCACCUCACCUUCGCCCCGACCGGAACGGCACUGGCCGCAGCGGAUACGUCAUUCGCCGUCAGCCUCAUCACCUUUGGACACGGCAAGGCCGGCGACAAGUGGGAGGCGGUCGGGAAGGUGCGCGCGCACAACGAUGUCGUAACCGGCCUGCGCUUCGGCGCGCGCGCGGGCGCGCAGCCUUGCCUGACGUCAUGCGCGGAGGACGGUAACAUCGUGACGUACGAUUUGGAGGGUGCGGCUCCAGGGGAGGGGCUCCACAUCAAGAGCGUUACAGCGAUCACUUCCCCGGGGCUUCCUACCGGGCUGGCAUCUCUCGAGGGCAGUCAAGAAACGGCGGAGUUCCUCAUCAGCGACGAUGCUUGCAAGCUCAAGGCCACCGACGUCAGCGACACCGCCACGUGUCGGAUGACGUGGGCAGCGCCCGCGUUUGGCGCGCCGAUCCACAAGCUGGUGCCCUUCACCAGCUGUCAAAACGACCAGCAAUACCUAGCUUAUGCCACGAAAGAGCGCGUCGCGGGGUUGAUCAAGCUGCCUCUGACCGGGGAUCCAAACCGGACGAUGGGUCUCCUGGCGCAGCCCGGAAACGUUUCGUGCCUAGCGGUCGGGUUUGAUGGGGAGACGCUGGUAACCGCGAGCGGCAACGACGGCAUUCUGACAUUCUGGAGGGUCGACGCCUCCGCUCUCGACGCGCAAGCCGAAACCUCCGCGGGCCUGGACGCGGCCGCGCGGCUCGAGGGCGGCCGCGAGGGCGCGGCCCACCGCGAAGCGCGGGACUUCUUCACGUGCUGUCAGAUUAGGAGCCAGGAGGCUGGUUUCCGGUGUGCCGCCGACGCUGUUCCGGCGGAUCGCGUGCAAGAGCUGAGCAACACCCUAGAGUUCUACCCCUCCCGAGCGGAGGCCCGGGAGAUGGCGGCGGAGGCCCGGGGGACAGGCGACGGUAACGCUCCCGCGGAGAUCACUCUGGAGAGUUACCUCGAGGUCCUGGAGCAGCACCGCCCGGCGGAGGGGUUGGAGGAGUCGCAGCUGGAGCGAGCGUUCCAGGAUCUCGGCGCGGAUCCGGCAACCGGAGCGCUGUCCCGAGAGAAGCUUCUUCAGAUGCUACUGGAGGAAGGAGAACCGCUAACCAGGGAGGAGCUGGACGCGUGCCUGUCUACAAUGGCCGGACAGCCCACGUCAGCAACGGCGUGGCCCGAGGAACUAGGCGUGCCGGAAUUUGCGGCACUUGCGCUGGGUUUUGAGAACCCUCAACCCGAGAUCGAAGCAGUAUAAAUCGAUCAACCAGGUUUAACAAGGUCACAGAAAGCUGCAUCUGCACUGGGAUAGCCAAGACAAAACUCCUCGACCCUGCCCCACCUUCUCAUGGCUGUGACUGUCAGACUGUCAGCUUUUGACAUUUAAUUUCUUCCGUCUCCGCAUCCGUGGACCGUCUAACCUGACGUCUCGAAACAGCCGAAACAAAAGGAGUAACAUUAUCAAGGUCUUGUGACGUUUGGGCCUCGUUUUUCGAAUUGGGCCGUUGUUUUUAAGGCUCCGAAGAAGCUUUCGC